GUUGUCUUUGUGUAAAGGAGUGGAGCUCGAUCUCGCAUCACUCUUCCCUCUUCCCCCCGAGUCCUUUCUAAACUCUUUCCCCCCCUGGGUUUCUACCCUCCCGAACCUCUCCCCUUCUACCCUCAUAACCCCAACCCACCCCCCGGCCGCUUUCCAACGCGCGAACCGGAUCGUCUCUGUGACCAAAGCCCUCCCCUUCCCCCGUUUCCCCAAGUUGAGAACGGAAGACCCACGGACGUCAGCAGCUAUGGACUCCGGUGUGAUUGAAGGAGGGCUCAAUGUCACCCUGACCAUUAGACUACUCAUGCACGGCAAGGAAGUUGGCAGUAUCAUUGGAAAGAAAGGCGAAUCUGUGAAGAAGAUGAGAGAAGAGAGCGGGGCACGCAUCAAUAUCUCCGAGGGCAAUUGUCCUGAGAGGAUCAUCACUCUGGCGGGGCCCACCACCGCCAUCUUUAAAGCCUUCUCUAUGAUCAUUGAUAAACUGGAAGAGGACAUUAGCAGCUCGAUGACAAACAGCACAGCCACUGGCAAGCCCCCUGUGACCCUCCGGAUCGUUGUGCCUGCCAGCCAGUGCGGCUCCCUCAUUGGCAAAGGUGGCAGCAAGAUCAAGGAAAUCCGAGAGUCUACCAAUGCUCAGGUCCAAGUGGCAGGCGACAUGCUGCCCAACUCCACGGAACGCGCCAUCAGCAUAGCUGGUCCACCCCAGUCUAUCAUUGAGUGUGUCAAGCAAAUCUGUGUGGUUAUGCUCGAGUCCCCCCCGAAAGGUGUCACGAUUCCCUACAGACCCAAGCCUUCAGGAUCUCCCGUCAUCUUCGCAGGCGGACAGGCGUAUGCCGUACAAGGACAACACGCCAUUCCACAGCCCGAUUCUUCCUCUGCUGCUAUUUCUCCACAGCUCACCAAACUUCACCAACUGGCUAUGCAGCAGAGCCCCUUCCCCAUUGCACACAGCAACCAGGGAUUCACCGGGAUUGACGCUUCGGCUCAGACCAGUUCUAACGAGAUGAAAAUUCCAAAUGAGCUCAUCGGUUGCAUCAUUGGGCGUCAGGGGGCAAAGAUCAAUGAGAUCAGACAAAUGUCGGGUGCCCAGAUCAAGAUCGCCAACCCGGUGGACGGCUCCACCGACCGACAGGUGACCAUCACAGGCUCGCCUGCCAGCAUCAGUUUGGCUGAGUACCUCAUCAACGCCAGUGUAGAGUCCUCUAAACCUCCUCCUCCUCCCUCUUCUUCCUCCUCCUCUUCCUCCUCCUUGAAACCCGAACCGAGCAGCCCGUGCCCUUCCUCCACCUCUACUACUACCACUACUACUACUACCACUGCCCCCACUACUAGCACUUCUGCUUCCUCCUCCUGUGUGGCCUCCAUUCCUCUGUCCUUGUUGGCUCCCGGGCCGCCUCCUCCUCCUCCUACUUCCUCCUCCUCCACCACAACCACCACCUCCUCCUCCGACCCCUCUCCUGCCUGUGUGUCCAGUCUCCUCACACUCAAGCCCCUGCCUCUGCUGGCGCUCCAUGUCGUGAGCGGGGCCGCCAACCCCGAGCCCAAAAUGGCCCCCGAGCUGGGCUCCAAGUCCAAACGGCGACGCCUCUCCCCUUACUAACACGUCCGCUAUCUACUACACCUGCUUUUGCCACGCAAAAUAUGUACACAGUCUGCUGCCAUAUUUACUCUCCUGCCUGUCAAGUGUGAUGAUUCUUCUCUUCUAAAUGACUUUUGCAUGCAAAGCGGAUGCGUCCGCCCGAGCCUUUUCCCCCUCUUCAUGUGUGUAAAGUGUGCUCAGGUAGCGAGCGGCUCUUUCUCCUACGAUGUCACACACGCGCCAGUUUGAUUUGUUUAGGUGAAUGCUUUUUGUCGGUGUACAUAAAGGAGCUUUAGUCCGCGCUCAGGUAUACACACCUUGAAUUCAAGUUCCUCUUGUGGGUUUUUGGGUGGGGUGGAUGUUUCUAUGAACCUGGUUUCUAUUAUUAUUUACACUAUUAAAGCCUGUAUUACUGAACAUGCUUCCACUUACCUAACCACACCUCCACACUCAUCGGUAAAGGUUUUCAAAUAUUUUUAGGGAUGCACCGAAACAAAAAUUCUUGUCCGAAAUCGAAUCACAAGGCUGAAAACCAAUUAUUCAAUUUAUUUGUUUAGAAAAAACACACAAUUAAGCUAAUUAUUCUGGCUUUUUUGUUAUUUUAAUGUUAUUUAUUUAUAUUUUAAUGUUAAUUCUUAAAGCAACACUAUGUAACUUUUCAAACUUGAUAUGUCGACUGACAACUAGUUUAAUGACACCUCUUUUAUAUCUUGAGGUCUGUAUUACUUUCACCGGCACUAAUUGACUUUAAGGAGGAUGAGAGAGGCACGGAGGACAGCAGAAAUGGAGCUGUGCAUUAGCGUCGAGCUUGAACACUACUUUUAGGGAAGAGUUGGGCUUGGCAACAGUUGUAAAAAAAAGAUAAAAUUGGGGAGGGGGAUAAGUUUGAAAAUGCUCGGUUUUCUUUCUGUGCGCCAAAUGAGCAAUAUUUCAAUAUUGCUUACAUUUCUGAGAGUCAGGGCAAACUGACCGUACUUGUGUGCGUCCUGCAUUUAGUGCAUUGCAUGCGUCCUAUCAUUCCAUAUAAACUUUGAAUAUCAGACUAAAUGGAUAUUUGUUAUUUGUGUCCUCUUUUUUGGAUUCAAAAUAUCAUCACCCUAGAAUGACGUAGAGCCAGCAUGUGUAAUCAUUUGUUUUAAUGCUUCUGCGCAUGCGGGUCAGUUUGCUCAGCGCAUAUCUCACUGCAAGUUAGUGCACAUGCGUAAUACUUGAACAUGCUCAAUGGACAAAGGCAGUCUGAACGGGCACACCCGAAAAACAGAUCUGACAAAAAAAUCGUAAUUGUGCAUUAAGACCUGCGGUACGAACCUAGCCUUAGUUUUGUAUUUAAUAUUAUAUUAACUUAGAUUAAAUUUUGUCCAUGUAUGAUGGGCCUGAACGAUAUAUCGUUUAAACAUCGCGAAGUGCGGAUGCGCAAUACUUGCAUUGCAAGGACGUGCAAUAUUUUUAUUGAACAAGCAAACUCAUUUUUUUCCACUUCAUGCCCGUACAGUGCCACAAAUUUACUCGGCUGUGACGCUCACACUGCCAAGAACAGCUCACUUAAUAAGUUUCCGAGCUGUCUAUGGCCAGAUCAAAGCUACAAACCUGUCAAUCAUCAUUAACUUUAAAUACCAAACGCCAUCUGCACUUGUGACCAUGAAAAGGUUUAGUCGUACUACUGAGGAGGAUGGGGGCCUGAGAGGCUGAGUGGACUCGGUGGCACACAGGUUAACAUGUCCACCUCAGAGUUCUGCGAUUGUGGGUUCAAUCACGGCUCUAGCCUUCCUGUGUGGAGUCUGCAUGUUCUUCCCAUGCCUGCGUGGAUUUUCUCGGGGUUUCUGCAGAUCGAAUACUACAAAUUGUCCGUAUUCUAUAUGUGCCCUGCGACUGGCAACCAGUUCAGGGUGUACCCUGCCCUCUGCCUGGAGUUGGCUGUCAUAGGCUCCAGCACCCCCGCGACCUUCGUGAGGAAUAUGAAUGAAUGGAUUAUAUUUACGGGUUUAUGAAAAAGUAUCUGAACCUUUUGGAAUUUCUCACAUUUCUGCAUAAAAUCACAUUGUGAUCUGAUCUUUGUCAAAAUCACACAGUUGAAAAUAGUGUCUGUAUUAACUAAAACCACCCAAACAUAGGUUUUCAUAUUUUAAUGAGCACAGCAUGCAAUGACAGAAGGGGGGGGAUAUGCAUAAGGGGACUUCAAAGAACAAUUGAAUCCAAUUUUCACCAAACAAUUUAAGUCGGAUGUUUUCCCAAUCACUGAUGAGUGGUUUAAAGCUGCCCUGCCCACUAUAAAACACACACCUGGUAAGAAAUGUCUUGAUGAGAAGCAUUGUCUGAUGCAUAUCACGGCUCAGUCAAAGUAGCUGUCUGAAGACUUGUGAUCAAGGAUUGUUGAGUUCUAUAAAGCUGGGAAAGGAUACAAAACCAUCUCUAAAAGUCUGGAUGUUCAUCAAUCGACAGUCAGAGAAGUUGUCUACAAAUGGCACGGUUGCUUCUUUCCCAAGUAGUGGCCAUCCACCAAAGAUGAUGCCAGGAGUUCAGUGCAGAAUACUCAGAGGUAAAAAAGAACCCUAGAGUGUCUGCAAAAGACUUACAGAAAUCAUUGGUACAGUCCAAUAUCUCUGCACACAUCAACUAUAUGCAAAACCAUGGCCAAGAAUGGCAUUCAUGGAAUGAUUCUGCGGAUUAAGCCACUUCUGUUUAAAAAAACAAACAAACAUUGUUGCUCUUUUAAUGUUCGCAAAAAGACACUUGGACACUCCAUUGAAGUUUUGGCAAAAUAUUUUGUGAACUGAUGAAACCUAAGUUGAAUUGUUUGGGAGUAACACACAACGUUGUGUGGAGGAAAAAAAUGGAACAUCUCACCAACAUCAACAUCUCAUCUCUGUAAAGCAUGGUGGAGGAAGUAUCAUGAUUUGGGGCUGUUUUGCUCCCUUAGGGCCUGGUCAACUUGCAAUCAUUAAUGUAAAAAUGAAUUCAAAAGUUUGUCAGGAUGUUUUUUCAGGAAAACCAGAGGCUUUCAGUCAGACAAUUGAAGCUAAAAAGAGGAUGGAUGCUGCAACAAGACAAUGAUCUAAAACACAGAAGUAAAUCAACUUCAGAAUGGUUUCAGAACAACAAAAUACACAUUCUGGAGGGGCCAAGUCAAAGUCCAGACUUGAACCCCAUUGAGAUGCUGUGGCAUGACCUAAAGACAGGCAUUCAUGCCAGACAUCCCAGCAAUCUGAGUGAACUACAGCAGUUUUGCAGAAAAUAGGCCAAUAUUAGUCCUGAUCGAUGUGGCAGACUGAUCUGCUGCCACAGGAAGCGUCUGGUUGAAA